GUGGGCCCCAACCGUCUUCGCGCAAAGGGUGCAAAAAAAACCCAGCCGUGAUCAACUGGAAAUUGGAUUCGAAAGAGCGCAAAACGGAAGGAAGGCGAAAACCCAAUCUCCGGCUAAACACACAUAUAACGAAGCGGAAUCCGCUCCCUACUCUUCUCCUCCAGUUCUCACUCCGAUCUCAUACAGGAUCGCCGCGUUCGUUUCUCCCUGGAGCUCAGGUGAGCCAACGAUCAGCAACCGCCGGGAAGUUUGUUCAAGUAUCCUGUUCCGUUUUUUUUUCCCAGUUCGUUUCGUCUUCCGUGGUCCCGUUUGAUUGAAUUAGUUUCGCUGUUUUUUUUAUGGUCGUGAUUUGUUUGCUUUCUGGAGCCUUAAGCUCGCCGGGAAAAAGAAAGUAUUUGAUUCGUGUUCGUUUUUGUCCGUCCAGAUUCCGGGAAGCUGUUCUUUCUGGCGUUUGCUAAGGUUGAAGGGCAUUGGGUUGUCUGGUAGCAUUCUGAACUUCGUGGAGCAUCAGAGUGCUAGAGAUCGAUUGCUGUUGUUUACUUCAACUUACCUCUAUGCAAGAUAUGUCGAAUGAAAAUGUGAAAAGGGUCUCACCCAGAGACAUACAAGUGGUCCAAAAUCUCAUAGAACGAUGCCUUCAGUUGUACAUGAAUCAACAGGAAGUUGUCCAAACCUUAUUGGAUCAGGCGAAGAUAGAGCCUGGUUUCACAGAACUUGUUUGGCAAAAGCUUGAAGAAGAAAAUCGGGACUUCUUUGAUGCAUAUCGUCUGAGAUUAAUGGUGAAGACCCAGAUAAUGGAAUUUAAUAAGUUACUUGAGCAACAAGCUCAGUUGAUGCAUCAGAUAAGUCCAACUGGAGUUGCUUCAAUGCCUAAUUCUAAUGGGUCUCAGCUUCCACCAUUGCAUCAGAACUCCUCGUGCUAUGUCUCUGACCAGGCACGUGGUGCCUUGAGAUCAGAUAACAUACUUACACCCAUUGGUUCAAGCAUUCCCAAUUCAUUUACCAAUGGUGGAUCCUCACUCCAUUCGAGUAUGCGAACUGCUGUUGACAUUUCAGCUCAUAGAAUUGAUGCUUCGACAAACUUGCUUGCUACUCAAGGUACAAACUUGGGCAUGAUGCAAGGAAUGAAUGGAGCCAUAAAAUCUGAAGCUGGUUACACAGGCACUUCUUACGGGUUGGGCACUGGUGUAAAUGUCAUAGAAGCACGUCCAUCCAUUGCAGAUGCAUCGUUUAGCAGCGUAGAUUCCAGCUCACAAGCCAUUAAUGAGCCAAUUAUUGAUCCAGAUGCAUCUUCUUUUGGAUUUUUGGGUCAGAUUCCUCGGAAUUUCAGUCUUUCAGAUCUGACUGCCGACUUUAAUCAGAGCUCAGAUAUACUAGAGAACUAUGUUAGAUCACCCUUCCUGGCUGCAGAAAAUGAUAACUUUUUGGAUUCCCGUGACAGAGAGCUUCAAGGGGACAGCCGAUUGGAUACCAUUUCAGAAGGAGUGAGUUAUGACAAUUUUGGAGGUCCAGAUCAUAAGGGGAUGGGAAAAUUUCGAACUGUAUAUAUAGCAUUGUGUAGGAUGGGGAUUCAGCUUCAGGUCUAGAGGAGUUUCUUCAAGGGUACAUUUUCGAGGGUGUGGAGCACAACUAGUAAUAACAAGAGUAAUGCGUGGAGAGUGGCAUUCUUGACGAUAAUGUUGGAUAAUAAUGUAGCUAGCUAGACUGGUUUGUGUGUCUUUCCCUAAGGAAGAAUCACCAUGGCACUGGUUUUUAAGUAUAUUAGGAUUUCCGUUUGAGCUUGUAUAAAUGUUUGAGCACCAGAUAUUUGCAGAGUUUGAAUGAGCAUGCAGUGUGUUUUAACAAAGUGGAUAUUUAUGUCACAAAGCUCUCUCAUGUCUCAGCAUGGACAAAGCACAGACUCACAGACCUGAAUACCGAAAAAAUGGAGAGCAAAGGCGCAACUAAUCAACAAUCCUAUCAAAUCAGUAAACAAGGCGUGGCUCGAAUUCAGCCAAGUCCACAGAUCCGGACUCAAUGGGAGGCAUCAGGUAUGCAGAUAUGAUCUCCGAAACCAGUGCUGCUAUAAUAGGUACUCUCUUUAAGUUCUUCACCAGCGGAAUGUCGUCGGUCUCUCCAACAGCCAGCAGCUUCUGGUUUAUCUCCACCAUCCUGUCUAGCUUCCUCUUGAACUCAGGGUUCUCCACAUCCAGCACUGCCGGGAAUAUCCUGGCAGUCGUCCUGUUCGUCUCAAUGAUGACAUGCAUGUCGAAUUCUUUCGUGUUGAGUCCAAUCCCUUCAUAGAAAUCUGAUCUCUGACAGUCAUUGAGGUACAUCGUGACAUACACAGAGAGGCAGAAGAAGCGAGCCCAGAGCUUGGCCUUCCAGUCGUUCAGGAACUGUGGCUGAGCCUUCAUCAGCGCCGAGAAGAAGUCACCGUGGCGAUUCUCGUCCUGGCACCAGUUCUCGAAGUACUUGAAGAUCGGGUAGCACUGGAACUCCGGGUUGGCCUUGAGAUGCCGGUAGAUCGUAAUGUACCUCCAGUAACCUAUCUUCUCCGACAGGUAUGUCGCGUAGAAGAUGAACUUCGGCUUGAAGAAUGUGUACUUCCUCGCCUUCGUCAGGAACCCCAAGUCCAGCGCCAGGUUGAAAUCUGACAACCCCUUGUUCAGAAACCUACCGGGAAGAAACAAACUAGUCAGAAAGUUUGCCACUAUAACUCUAUACUGUCACCAUUCUUGACACAAAGGAAAACAGAGUCGACCCUGUUCUGUUCUUACCCUGCAUGCCUGGCUUCAUCCCUUGACAUGAGCGAGAAGAUCUCCGCCACAACUGGAUUGGUUUUCUGCAUCAUCACAUCGAAACCAAACCGCGUCAUAAAACGUGUUUGUGAUACCGUAUCGUACUGGUCAGUCUCGAUUCUUACACGACGCCCGAUUAAAAGAGGCAUUGGAUUAAUCAGAUUUCUGAUUUUACCUUGAGCCUCCUGCCCAGCUCUUUGUAGAGGAGGAAACCCGAGAACUCGGCGGUACACGAGCGCUCGAGGAACUCGACGAAGAUCCCACGGAGAGGGCCUUGCAUCUUGUCUGCAGCUUCCUUGAACUCCUUGUUCCUGACGAAAUGGGUCUGGUUGUAAUCGGUCUUGAACUCCUGCAGCAGGGCCUCGAACUCUGCCUGGUUCAGCUGCUUGUUGAUCUCCGAGUUGAACAGCGUCUCCAUCUCGUCGAAGUCCGUCGUGUAGAACCGCGGGGUCAGCAGCGUCUCCUUUAUCGCCGUCUUCUGCAGCUUCUUCUUGGUCCCGCCGGCGGCGGCUUCGGUGGAGGCGGCGGACAUUCUGAUUGAGCAGAACGAGAUGCUCCUGCUGCUGCUUCUUCUGGAAGAGGUGGUGAAUUUGGAGAUGGUGGGUUUUGCAAGAGCCAUCUCUGCCGCCAUUCUCGUGACUGGUUCUUCAGCUUUGGGGGAAGAUUUCUGGAGCUGGAGUAGGGACUGGUGAAAUGGUAAUGGCGAUGGGAAGUUUAUAAUUGGUGGAGAAGAUGAUUAAAUCUCAUCCACUGGAAAUCUAUGGUAGUUAAUGGGAGCGCGACACGUGGCGAGUUAUUAUUGGCGGGACUCGAUUGCCAGUUUGCCACAAGUGGCUGUGGCGAUAGACUGUUGUCGUCGCCGAUUUGUGCAAAAUCUCAAUUUUCGUGGUUGCCAUCAGAUUUCCAACCAUUGCUUAUUUUUCCCAACA